GUAGAAUUUCAUGAAUGAGAAACUCAAUAGUAGAAUAAUUCCUAUUUAUUGCCUGUAUGGCUGAAGCAUAUAGUACGGCAUUAGUGCAGUAAGUAAAUUUUAUAGCAACUCCUCAGAUAUUUUCCUUAAAAAUCCCCUGUUCUGCCAUCAUCACAUUCCUUUAAUACUUAUUUUACAUUUAAGAAUGUUGUCAGCCUCAAUGUGAAUAUACUAAAUAUAUUAGUCAUGAUGGUGACUGAUAAAGUGUUUGUUUUUCAACUAAUUUUGUAAUGUAUUUUGCAAUACAUUUUAUACUCUUGUUUAUAUAUGUUAACAUGGCUUAACAUGGAGAUAACAUGACUAUUAUGUGGCUACUAUGUAAAUGGGAAAAAUUGCUGUCACAUUUUAUUCCAGUGUGAAUGAAAUAACAAUGUUACAUUAUCGUGAUAUUGCUGAAGAAAGAGCAGUCUCCAAAUGGUGUGGAUAUCCUCUUUGUAAUAAUAAACUUCUAAAGUUCAAUAAACAAAAAUAUUCCAUAUCCACGUCUUCAAAUAAAGUGUAUGACUUGACAGAAAGGAAAUGUUUCUGCAGUUCAUUUUGCUUUAAAGCUAGCAAAUUUGUUGAGGAACAGAUACCACAAUCUCCAUUAUGGUUGAGAAGUCUGAGUGAUAGUGAAAAGGUACAGAUUUUGUCAACAGAAAUGAAAGCACCGUCUAAUAUUUACGACAGUCACGAAGUAUCGUUUGGAAUUGAAAAACUUAAUUUGGACAAUAUUGAAAGAGAAUGUGAGGAUGCUGAUGCUGUUGACAACGACUGGAAUGAGGUUGAAUCCAGAAAAGUUUUUGUUGUAGAAAAGGAAGACCAAAUUGUACCACGUAAAACAUUAUUAACAGAAACGUCGCCCAAAAAAAAAGUUGAAGAAAUCGACGUAGUUGAAGAAAUAAAAAAGCUAUAUCUAAUCCUUACGGCUUGGUGUAACGCGAACACGUACACUUUUCUGAAACGGUGUAAAGAGGAUAAUGAUGAUGAGAAUUUCGAAACAAAGAGAAAACGUGAUAGUAAAAGACAAUUUCAAGAAGAAGCUAUAAAUUUUUUAUCAAAAAAUCCAGAAUGGGCAAUAGAGUCAGAAACCUCAAAUAAAACAAGGGAUAAUAAAAAACAGAAAAACAUGCUGCCACCAAUAGAUGCACAAGCGCAACACACCAUUAGGAGAAGAAUCGUUAAAGGAAAGAUACAAUUAGUUUUGAACAAACUGUCACAAGUGCUACAUCUUACCAACUCGCAAAUCAGCGAUAGUGGUUUUUACGCUUUUGUUAAUACUUUUAGAUUCACCAAUCGGAAUAUCGUGUUAAAGGCAAAGCAAUGGGUGUUAAUGACGUUGUUGCUUUUACGAAUAUAUUCUUACGCCGCGGAUAAAUUUAUAGUUGAGUUUUCAAAUCAUGUGGAUAAUGUGAGCAAGUUUCUUUUGCGUGAAGGUAUGAGAGAGUAUGCUCCGAUUGAUGAAACAUCGCGUCUGUUUAUCAAAGAAUUUUUAUUUCAUGAUGAAAGUGAUGAAGAGCUGAACACUGAGGAGGUGAAGAACGCAAUUAAAAAUAAUGAGGAUGGAGAUGCAAUAACGGAUAACAACUUUUUGUUUGGUGGUGACGACAUUGAUGUUGAAUUAAAGGAGAAUGAAAUGGAAGAUCUGGACUAAGAAGACCUCAUUUUUAGCUUUUAGUUCUUUGUAAUUAGAUUUAGCUAGAAUUGUUACACAGUGUGAUUCAACUUUUUUUCUGUGAACAAUCCUUUGGAGUUUCUGAGUUUCUGUUUCACGUUGUUCUUAAGAACGCCUAAAUUUAAGCUAAGGCUUGAUGUUUUUUUACACUUCGCCGGCCUCAAAUGUUAUUUAUGUACUUCCAAAAAGUUGCGAAACUGAUACUCAUUGUUUGUAUAUUUCAUUAAUAUUUUGUAUAUUUCAUAAAUAUAUUUCGAAAACUUGUUGUAGAAAAUGUAUAUUCGUAAAAAAAUAGAAAUACAGUUAACUCCCGGUAACUCGAACCUCCAAGGGACCAGAGAAAACAAUUCAACUUUAACGAAUGUUCGACUUAAGCGAAGCUCCUAUUAAUUCGGACUUAGACAAAAAUGAGAUAUUAGUUCGAGUUAAGGCGAUUUGGUGGACAUUUUAAAAAAACAGAACUUAUAAUUUAAAAGAGGACUGUAACUUGUAAGGAAGUAACUUUUGUUACUUGCAAGAAUGUAUUAUUUUAACCCUAACCUUUUUUUCUUCAGCCUUCUCCAGCCAUUUAUCAGACGCAGCAAAACUUUCAGCAAAUUGAAGAGCCUUCUCUUUUAUCAUAUUGCCAUCAAAAAGAACAUUUUGUCUCCUUUGUAAAUAUAACCAUUUAAGAAAAGCUUUUUCAAAAUUUCUAGCUACAUUACAUACCAGUAUUCAUUUUUCGAACAUUAAUUUUGUACUUGACACUAAAAAGUUCGAGUUAUCCGAAGAAAUUACCAAGGGGGGGAACAAAAAAUGGUUCGAGAAAACGGAUGUUCGAUUUAUCCGGAGUUCAAGUUAACGAGUAGUUUUUAUAGGGAAGUAUUAGGAAAUGUCCAGGGGACAGUAUAAAGCAGUUAGAGAUAAUAAAAGUUCGAGUUAAUCGAUGUUUGAGUUACCGGGAGUCUACUGUACUUCAGAAACACUUUUAGUAAUUUUAAUGUGUAAUUGCUGACUCGCAUUAUUUUGAACUCUUUGAAAAUCUCACCCUCAACGUUCUUAUAGAAUAGGUUCUUAUAAAACGAAAAAACUUGUAAACACAGCUACGGAACUGAAAUUAUACUUGUCAGGCGCAGAUAUAGAGAUUUAAACAAGUUAGUCCAUUUUUUCACAAAAUUGGGCGUUGAAGGGCGUUAUUAAACGCCAAAAAAGCAUUUAUAAAAUGCAUGAAAAGCCAGGAUGAGGAAAAUGAAGCAGAAACAAGGGUCUAUAUAUACGCAAUUUUUAUGAAAUUGUUAGAAGCCAGUUGUUUCAUACACACACCGUUGAAGGAGUCAAAUUUUUCUGUACGCUAACAAUGGAAUCUUUGAGCAUUUUUAACCCUUCAGGACUUUAUUCAAAGAAAUACAAAUUUUGUAACCAUCUUCACGCUGGAGAGCAUAUUUCAAUAGAUUUCUGGUCAACA